AUGUACUAUCAGUGCGAGCGUACUGAAAGGUGUGAAAGCUUCGACAGUGAACUGACACUGGUACACUGUAGUUGCGAGUGUACUGAAAGGGGUGAAUGCACCGACAGUGAACUGACACCGGCGCACCGUCACUGCGAUUGUACUGAAAUGUGUGAAUGUACCAACAGUGAACUGACACUAGUGCACUGUCACUGCGAAUGUACUGAAAGAUGCGAAUGCACCAACAGUGAACUGACACCGGUGCACUGUAACUGCGAGUGUACUGAAUGCACAAACAGUGAACUGACACCGGGGCACUGUCACUGCGAGUGUACUGAAUGCACAAACAGUGAACUGACACCGCUGCACUGUCACUGCGAGUGUACUGAAUGCACAAACAGUGAACUGACACCGGUGCACUGUCACUGCGAGUGUACUGAAUGCACAAACAGUGAACUGACACCGGUGCACUGUCACUGCGAGUGUACUGAAUGCACAAACAGUGAACUGACACCGGUGCACUGUCACUGCGAGUGUACUGAAUGCACAAACAGUGAACUGACACCGGUGCACUGUCACUGCGAGUGUACUGAAUGCACAAACAGUGAACUGACACCGGUGCACUGUCACUGCGAGUGUACUGAAUGCACAAACAGUGAACUGACACCGGUGCACCGUUGCUACGAGUGUACUGAAAGACGCAAAUGCACCGACAGUGAACUAACAACGAUACAUUGUCGGUGCGAGUGUAGUCAAGUUGCGAAUACAUCAGAAGUGUACUGUACAGUCACCGGUGCAUCGUCUGUGCAAAUGUACUGA